UACUUUGCCGCUACGCACUUCACUCGUGGAAAAACAUGCAUAAAAUAGCACUGUACCUGCAGUGCGAUUUGGGAUAGCGAUCACUCUGGAAAGGCGCUAUAUACAAUUGUUCAAGUCUCUUCCUCCAAACACCAAAUUUUGAAGACCACGAAUUCCGUGUCUUCUUUCUGCUUUAAUUAAACUCCUAGUUAGGUAAUUGGCCCGUUUGUGUGCUUAUUCUACUGAAGGAUGCUGGUUACUGGUUGCUAUUUUGAGAAAUAGAACAAAUGAAGGAUUUCUUCUUUCAUUUAAUCUCUUAUAAAUAAGUUAUUUUCUAUUGAAGGUGUACACAAAUAUAAUGCCAAUUAACAAAGAGUGGAAUGAACGAAAGUGGACACCAAAGGCUACUUCGCCGAUUAAUAAGCAGGUUGCCAUGCGCCUCCGUAUAAAUAAGAGAACAAUGUUAACAAGCAAGAUAGGGGAAACUAGUCAUGUCUUUUUUAUGUUGGCAAUGCAAAGUUGUUUCCUCAAAGUGAUUUUUUUCCCCCCAUUUUAUUUUAAGAAAGGAAUACCUUUGGUAAUUUUUUCAGUAGUUUCAAUUCUCUUGGAAACUUGUGAGGACAAGUAUUUGGAGGGGUUCUCAAAUAGGAUGUUGCUUCGGUCUGAGUUGGGAACUGUGGGAAAGUACUCGGCACAGAGACCGCGAUGCGCUUGAACGCGGUGCGCCUUCCAAUUGGACACACGGGAACGGGUGAAGGAACGUUAUCUACUUCAAGACAUGAAAGUUCAAAUCUUGUUUGUUUUGGUCUUCACAAUAAACUUCUGCUCACCUGCCAAAAUAUUGGUGAUUCCUCCUCCACUGUUUGAAAGUCAUCUUCUUAUUUUUGGUCGAAUUGCAGAGACACUAACGACAAGAGAACAUGAAGUUGUCUUCUUACUCCAUGAGGGACGCAAGACCUCGAUCUCCAUGUCAUUCAAGACCCAAAAGUACAAUGGCAUUUUAUCUGGACCUGAAUGGUCUGAUUUCCUUCAGGAGAAGCUCAAACAUAUUUUUGCUGGUCACAUGACCUCUCUAGAACUGUUUACAAUCCUGGAGCGAUACAUUGAAAACUGUGGCAUGAUAGCUGCCAACCAAGACCUUCUUUCUCGACUAAAUGCAGAGUCCUUUGAUCUUCUGGUGUUGGACCCCAAUGAAAUGUGUGGUUAUAUUGUUGCAAAUUUUCUUCAUGUUCCUUACAUGCUCCUUUCUACAGGUCACUGGUUCCCAGCUGAGAUUGGUGCUCCAUCCCCACUGGCAUACGUGCCCGAAUUUAACUCUCAGAACUCGGAUCGUAUGUGUUUAACAGAUCGGAUCUGGAACGUGCUAGUGUAUGUAGUGAGCCGAAUUGCCACCCACUGGUUUAUCUUUCCUGACUAUGAGGCAGUGAUGAGGAAGCAUGAUGUGAACGGCACCUCUCAAAAGAGCAUGAUGGACCUGAUUCGUCAGACAGGGCUCUUUCUUCUUACCUUGGAUCAUUCCUUGGAUUUCUCUCGACCUUCUCUUCCAAAUGUCAAGUUUGUGGGGGGUAUCCUUACUGAGCCUGCAAAACCCCUUCCUGAGGAGCUCCACUCCUGGGUAGAAGCUGCCAAGGAUGGUGUUGUUGUGGUGUCCUUUGGCAUUGGCAUACAGACACUUCCAAAGAAUUUGGCAGAAAUUAUGGCGGCUGCCUUCUCUCGACUCCCACAGAGAGUCAUCUGGAGGUAUUCUGGAGACAUACCUAACAGUCUGGGCAGUAACACCCGCAUCAUGGGCUGGCUGCCUCAGAAUGACCUCCUAGGACAUCCCAAUGUACGAGCAUUUGUAAGCCACUGUGGCUUAAAUGGAGUCUAUGAGGCUAUCUUCCAAGGGGUUCCAGUUGUUGGCAUCCCCUUCUAUGGCGAUCAGUAUGACAUUGUUACACGGGUCCAAGCCAAGGGUAUGGGAGUUAAGGUGGACUGGAGAACACUGACAGCAAACAGCUUCUACCAAGCUAUUCGUACAGUCAUUGAGGAUCCCAGCUAUAAGAAGACAGCGAUGCGUAUGUCACUGAUUCUUCAAGAUCGUCCUCUGCAUCCCUUGAAUGAGACUGUCUACUGGAUUGAAUACCUCCUGAGGCACGGGGAUGCGCCACACUUGCGCCCUGUGGCCUACAGCCUUUAUGACUAUCAAUAUUAUCUCUUUGAUGUCCUGAGUGUCACUGCUCUUUUGACUCUGUUACUUGUCUUCCUCUUGAAGAGAUGUAUAGUUAGGAUCUCUCGGAAGAGACAUCACAAGUACCAGGAAUGCCCAAAUGCCGGAAACGAGCAUUUUGGCCACCAGAAGAAUGGCCAUAUUAUGAUGAACAAGAAGGAAAAAUAGCUUUUACCACCCUCCAUAUGAUGUUGCCGUAUAAUUUAGUGUAACACUUGAACCUUCCAAGGGUGAAGUUUUCUCGGAAAGCUGUCCAGCCAGGCAGCAGUGCUCUUGGAAUUGAGCUAGGCCAACAUCAGAGUAACCUGGGGCUGGAAACUAAUUUUUGUAAGAGCUUCUCCUACUGUUUGGCGUGUUACUGUAUAAGAUCUAAAGAUGUGUUUUCAUGCAAAGACUACCUCAUGUAUUGUUAGACCAGAGACAAAGCACUACUGUGGCACAGAAAGAGCCAGCAAUGUCUUAAUAUUAAACAAUGCUUUUGUUCUUUAUUUUAUUGUUACACUGCAUUUUAUAUACAGCAUCUUAGGUAAAUAAACGUUUAGGUCAAUGACCAAUCUUAUCUAAUGAAAUCGUCAAGCACUGUAGACUGAGCUUGGAAUGACGUGAAGUUUUCUAGUGACUUUGUGCUUCUACAACUUGGAUGGAUGCUGAAGAUAAUAAAUACCCAUCUGAAGGUGAAGAGACCGAAAGAAGAUCACCAAUCCCAGCCUCCACAUUGGUUGCUUGCAGACACCUCCCUAGACAUGCAACUUAGUUUGAGUGUCGCUUCAGCAUUCACUCUCGGUUACUGGUUUAAUUAGCUUUUUUGAUUACUUUAUCUUGAAUUUCCUUUUCAAGUAUGUAUAUGUGAUUGGAUUUAGAGACUUACUUGAUUGUUGGGUCUUAGUCCAUCCUUUUUUGUUUACUCUUCAUGUAUGUAACAUUAAAUGUGUAAAAAC